CCACGGCAGAUUGGGACGAUUAGUAGUUAUUUCACUGUCGCCGUGGCGAGGAGGGAAAAUAUGUUUCUGCUGUUAGGUGCUUUGCUGGCCAGCGGCCUAUUUGUGGCCCUGCUGGUCUACCAGCUCAAGUUCAAGCGUGUGAUUGAGGUGAUCAGCUAUAUGCCGGGCCCCCCGGUUCUGCCGCUGGUGGGGCAUGGCCAUCACUUCAUUGGCAAGCCGCCGCACGAGUUGGUCAAGCAGAUAACCGAGUUCAUGAGCAAGUACGCAAAGGACGAGACUCUCAAGGUGUGGCUGGGGCCAGAGUUGAAUGUGCUGAUGGCCAAUCCCAAGGAUGUGGAGGUGGUGCUGGGCACAAUGCGUUUCAAUGACAAGGCUGGCGAGUACAAGGCUCUGGAGCCGUGGCUGAAGGAAGGUCUCCUCGUCAGCCGGGGUCGCAAGUGGCACAAACGACGCAAGAUCAUCACGCCCGCCUUCCACUUCAAGAUUCUCGAUCAGUUUGUCGACGUGUUCGAGAACGGAUCUCGGGAUCUGCUCCGCAACAUGGAGAUGGAUCGUCUGAGGCAAGGGCAGACUGGCUUUAAUCUCUACGAUUGGAUCAAUCUCUGCACCAUGGACACGAUAUGCGAAACUGCCAUGGGCGUCUCCAUCAAUGCACAGACGAAUGCCGACUCCGAAUAUGUGCAGGCUGUGAAGACGAUAUCGAUGGUGCUGCACAAACGGAUGUUCAACAUCUUCUACCGCUUCGACUUGACCUACAUGCUGACCCCCCUGGCCCGUGCCGAGAAGCGUGCCUUACAUGUGCUGCAUGAGUUUACGGAGAAAAUCAUUGUGCAGCGUCGCGAAGAGUUAAUACGUGGCGGCAGCAAGGACGCCGCCGCAGCUUCCGACGAUGCGGAUGCAGAUGUGGGGGCCAAGCGAAAAAUGGCCUUCCUGGACAUACUGCUGCAGUCGACUAUCGACGAGAAGCCGUUAACAAACCUGGACAUUCGCGAGGAAGUCGACACGUUCAUGUUCGAAGGCCACGACACAACCUCUUCGGCCCUCAUGUUCUUCUUCUACAACGUCGCGACCCAUCCGGAAGCGCAGAAGAAGUGCUUCGAGGAGAUCAGUUCGGUAAUCGGCCAGGACAAAAGCACCCCGGUCACAUACGAGCUGCUCAACAAACUCCAUUAUGUGGAUCUGUGCAUCAAGGAGACGCUCCGCAUGUACCCCUCCGUCCCACUACUGGGUCGCAGAGUGGUGGAAGAGUGCGAGAUAAAUGGCAAACGCAUUCCCGCUGGCACAAACAUCGGCAUCUCGCCCCUUUACCUGGGUCGCCGCGAGGAGCUCUUCAGUGAGCCCAACAGCUUCAAGCCGGAGCGCUUCGAUGUAGUCACAAGCGCCGAGAAGCUCAACCCCUAUGCCUACAUACCCUUCUCUGCGGGGCCGCGCAACUGCAUUGGUCAAAAGUUUGCCAUGCUCGAGAUUAAGGCCAUUGUGGCCAACGUUCUGCGUCACUACCACAUCGACUUUGUCGGUGACACAACGGAGCCGCCCGUGCUCAUUGCUGAACUGAUAUUGCGCACCAAGGACCCGCUACUGUUCAAGCUGCAGGAUCGCGUCUACUAACCACAAUCGCAUUAUCUCGUAAAUGCGGCUUUUUUUUUCUAAUUUGUAUCUGUAAAUAAUAAUGAAACUCCUUGAAACGUA